AAGUAUUUUGGUCAUACUACAAAAGAGGUGGCCUCUUCUCCAAGAAACCAACCAAAGCGACUCAAUACAAGAGCACCAAAGUCGAAGCACUAACACACACAUAGAGCGCGCACAUAGAGAUCGUAAAAGCUAAAGCCUACAAUUCUACUUUUCUUCAAAUACUUGAAUCAUGUCUCGGAGGUAUGAUAGCCGCACAACAAUCUUUUCUCCGGAAGGUAGGCUUUACCAAGUUGAGUAUGCCAUGGAGGCUAUAGGGAAUGCUGGAAGUGCCAUAGGUAUAUUAGCAAAAGACGGGGUUGUUUUGGUUGGUGAGAAGAAAGUUACUUCUAAGCUUCUUCAGACCUCCACUUCACCCGAGAAGAUGUACAAGAUCGAUGAUCAUGUAGCUUGUGCUGUUGCCGGUAUAAUGUCUGAUGCCAACAUCCUUAUCAACACAGCUCGACUCCAAGCUCAGCGUUACACUUUUUCGUACCAAGAACCAAUGCCAGUCGAGCAGUUGGUUCAAUCACUGUGUGACACCAAGCAAGGGUACACACAGUUUGGUGGGCUUCGUCCUUUUGGUGUUUCUUUUCUGUUUGCUGGAUGGGACAAGAAUUACGGGUUCCAACUUUAUAUGAGUGACCCGAGUGGAAAUUAUGGCGGGUGGAAAGCGACCGCAAUUGGAGCUAACAAUCAAGCUGCACAGUCGAUGCUUAAGCAGGACUACAAAGAUGAUAUCAACCGAGAAGACGCUGUUCAGCUCGCACUAAAGGUUCUCAGUAAGACGAUGGACAGCACGAGUCUUACCUCUGAGAAGCUUGAAUUGGCCGAGCUUUUCACACUACCGUCUGGAAAAGUCAAGUACCAGGUACACUCUCCAGAAUCCUUGGACAAGUUAUUGGUUAAAUCCGGACUGACUCAAGUUCCUGCAGAAGCUUCUUGAGUCGGGUUAUUUAGUAUCGUUCAGAUUUGCUACAUUGUCAAAUACUAUCUUGUAUUACUCAUUAUUAGGUAUCAUUUUAUGUUACUUGAAUUUGUGUCUUUGUUGAAGAACCUUUAUAAGGCACACUUCCGAUUUAUUAGCUGUUGAUCAGUCCUGAAACUGUUUUCGACUCUGUUAAGGUGUAGUUUAUCUGUUUGAUGGCGUAAAUGAUGCUUGUUAGAACAA